AUGACUAGAGGGCCCAACCAUGCGAGCUUUAUGUGGGGAUCGAUUGAACGGUCCUGGGUUGAAGUCGGCACCCAAUUUGCUCGCAUGUGGCGUGCAUUUUUCUAUCGACUUGAGAGGCUUCAUGACCUAGAUGUGUCCAAUGCUCAGCAUCUUUGGCUAUUACACGAGCUUUUCCUCGGGGAGAUUGAGUCUGACUGUCGCUCAUUUCAAGCUGAAUGGAAUGCACACCCUAUCUCAGGAGAGGGACAUGAUCAGAGCCCAAAUGAUAUGAGGCUUAUGGGCCAGCUCGAACAUGGGCUAUAUGCCAAUGAUUGUGAAGGAAUCCAUCCUGACAUCAUCAGACAGUACUAUGGAACUGCAGGCAAGCCUAUGCAUCGUGCACCCCAUCAGACUGGAGCAGGUCACCCCUCAGAUGAGGUAUACUCGGCUUCUGGAUCUACUGAUGGAGAAUCAGAUGAUGAAGAAUCAGAGGAGGAGUGGGAAGACAUCGAUGAUUUCAAGGACCCAGGUGGCAAAACAGAAGAUCUACAAGAGCUUCCCCAGCUCAUUGCUGCUGAUCAUGAUGCUCAUUUCCACCAUAAGCCUGUUUGUGUUCCAAAGCAUGCCAGUCCAUUCAACUCUGCUACUCUUCACAACACCUUUCAUCAAGCUUUUACUCAAGUACGAGAGGCAGGACACAUCCCAGAAGGAUUUGGUGUUCUUCCACAUGAAUGGGAUGGUGAUGAGUAUCCCUCACAUGAAAUAAUCCGAUCAGGAUGGCAGGGGACCAAGGAAUUACGAAUCCCCUUGCCUGAUUUUAUUUGGCGACCUAGGGCAAUAAAAUGGUGUCAAGCACUCGAUGUCAUGUUCAGGCUUUUGGAGCUUGCCAAUACCGAUGUUGGAUCUAGUAGUGACACAGAUAGUAAUACCGAUAGUGUUGGGCAUCACAAUGGCUCUGAUAGCUAA